AUGAAACUAAAGUUUGGAUUAAUCAAGUAUAGCAGCAAUAACAAUAAGUUGAAUUCUAAUGAUACGGAUAUAAGCAAUGAAUUGGAGAAAGAAAUUUAUUCUGGUAAUACUUCUCUAAACAAAAUCACCACAUCAGAUGCAUUAAUUAUAUCGAAAUCACUGGAGAUAUCAACUCCCAAAACAAUAGUUGAAGAAGAUAGUAUCUAUAUUACUGGAAAACUCUCAAGAGAUCCAAAAGUUGAUGCUAUGAAUAGGGAGAGGAUCAAAGAAAUGCGGAGGAUUGGCGAGAAUCUUGCAAUUUCGCUCCAUUAUGUACCAUUCGGAUUAGAUAAUUUGAAAUCCCUAGAUAACACUCUUAGGCAAAAUAUCUUGUGUCUAUUUGUUUGCCUGGCAGAUGAACUAAUUACUUCACCAAAACAUACCAUUCACAAGGAAUUGGCUGAAUGGGCCCAUAAAAUAUUACAAUCUAUUUCAAAAAUACUCAGAAUCAGUAGCAUGGCCUCUGAAACUAUUCUAACCCCCAUAGUACAACGCAUCCAUGCGCUGAAAAAUGGAACUAAAGUUACUAGUAUUGUUAUGGACAAGAAUCCCAUAAUCAGUAUCCUAAAAGAUACUUUUGCAAGCAUGGAUAAAAAUGUAUCUGAUACAUUCAAUGAGACAUACAACUCAAUGCAUCCCUAUAAUAGCGACUCUGUAAGCGAUGCAAGUAUUGAUCAUGUUGUCAUUAGACCAGACAAUUUGUUAGAAGAAUCCCCAGAAGACAAAGAACAGAUAAUAGAACGCUGUAUCGCCGCUCUGACCCUUAAGGGUACCAAUGAUAUAUCAAACAAAUCAUUGAUCAGUAACACCAUAACAAAUCUCAGAAAUGAGGACGAUGUUGCAGAUAUUAAUGCGGUAAUUGACCUUAAAUCACAUGACAAGAUAGACCCCCCCUUGGCAAUAUUGGUUUUUAUUAGAAACUUCAUUACAGCUUAUAUUAUGGCUGGGCACAAUGAUGCUAGAUCACAAAUUCUGAUUCAGAACUUUGCCCGUGCGUUUGACAUAAACGAAUAUGUCGUUUUUUCUAUCCAAGAUUAUCUGGUCGAAGAUCUCGCUUCCACUUUAAAUGUCAAUAUAAGCGAGAGUGUCACGAAGAGAAGGCUGAGGCAGGCCAAAAUUGCAGCUGCAGCAAUUGGCAGUGGUGCUUUGAUCGCUUUUACUGCAGGAUUUGCAGCGCCUGCUUUGGCAGCUGGGGUGGCCGCUAUUGGGAUUGGCGGGGGUGGUUUAUCUGCUUUUUUAGGAUCUGCAAGUGGAAUGGCGUUGGUAGCGUCAACUUUUGGCGUCAGUGGUGCUGGUUUAACUGGUUGGAAAUGCAGUAAGAGAUUCUCAACAAUAAACACUUUCGAAUUCAAAAUGUUGCAUAAUUCCACUCCGCGGUCUUUGGAAAUUGCCAUUUGCAUCAGUGGUCAAAUUAAUGACGAAUCAGAGAUAACUUCACCAUGGGAGAAUUCAUUCCAUGGCAAUUUCUGUGAUCUUUACGCCCUGAGGUGGGAACCGGAACUUCUAAAAUCGGUUUCGGGUAUGGUAACAAAGCUUGUAUCUGAGAAGUUUGCAAUGAAUGCUGCAAAGUUUUGGCUUUCUCGCACUGCGGCAAGUGCCCUAUCUUGGCCCCUAAUGCUCAUAGAAUUUUCCUCUUCCCUAGACAAUGCGUGGUCGGUGUGUCGUCUCCGAGCUAAGCAAGCUGGUAUGAUUUUAGCGGCGGCCAUUACUGACAAAUCAGUGAUUGGAAACAGACCAGUUUCAUUAGUCGGAUAUUCUAUGGGCGCAAGGGUUAUUUAUUAUGCGUUAAUGAAUUUGUAUGAGAAGAGGAUUUUUGACCGCGUAAAGAACAUUGUGUUAAUGGGUCUUCCUUCAACUGCAGGAAAAACCGAAUGGCAGAUGUGCAGAAAUGUUGUAUCUGGUAGAUUGAUUAACGUAUUUUCAUCAAAAGACUGGAUUUUGGGUUUUUUGUACAGGUUUAUGGAGUGGAAAUUUUCUGUGGCUGGACUUAGACCAAUAGAGGUAGAUGGUAUAGAGAACUGGGAUGCCUCGGAUAUUAUAAAUACACACAAUGACUGGGCUACAAACAUGCCAAUUAUAAUGUCAAAUAUCGAUUUUGACCUAUAA